AUGAGUAAACGCAAGUUGACAGAGUCAACAGCCGAGCCUCCAGCCAAGAAGGUCCACUCGUUCUUCACUGGUAACCUGACCCCUGGCUCAUUUGAUGACUCGAUACCUUCCCUCGUUCAUUUCUUCCACCUCGAUCCACUCAAGGCAGAGCCACCAUCUGAACCGAUUCAGAUCGUCCUGUAUGAUCUCGAUGGUACGCUUAUUACAACGCGAUCUGGAAAGACCUUCCCCAAGGGAAGCGAUGACUGGAAGUGGUGGGACGACUCAGUGCCCAACCGCCUGAAGCAGGACCACAAGGACGGGAAGCACGUUAUCGUCCUAAGUAAUCAGGCGUUCAAGGGGCCCAAAGUUCGGAGGGAGUGGCGGGGGAAGCUCCCGUUGAUCGCGGCGAAGCUGUCCAACAUCCCUUUGCGUGUACUCGCUGCACUGGAGAAGGACGUAUACCGUAAACCGAGGACCGGCAUGAUCGGCCUCCUCCGUGAGCUGUAUCAGGACAACGGAUGGACAGUAGACUGGAGCAAUGCAGUUUACGUUGGCGAUGCAGCCGGACGGAAAGGAGACCACAGCAACACCGACUUCACAAUGGCGCUGAAUGCUGGGAUCAAGUUUGUUACACCAGAGGAGCACUUUCUUGGCCGUCCUCCAGCAUACCCAAACCCCCCAAUCUCGUUCCGGCCACGAAGUAUAGAAGAUCUUGACUCUUUGCCCCUCGUUAUGCCGUCAAGCACGCCUAUCGCGCGGGACAAGAAGGAGAUUGUAAUCUUCGUCGGACCACCUGCAGCUGGCAAGACCUCAUUCUACCGCCGCUACUUCUCCGACUACGAGCACGUCAACCAAGACACUCUCAAGACCAAGGAAAAAUGCAUCCUUGUGGCCCGUGAGCAUCUCCUCGGCGGCCGCCGCGUCGUUGUCGACAAUACCAACCGCGAUGUCGCAACGCGCAAGCUCUGGCUUAACUUGGCACGGGAAGUCGAUGCGCCCAUCCGCAUCUUCCACUUUGCCUGCCCCGUCGACCUGGCCCGUCACAACAACCGAUACCGCGCGUUCUUUGCUCCUAAGGACGAGCCCAAGCGGGAGAUCCUGCCAGAGUCCGCGUUUGCCUCAUACAAGAGUGGCUUUGAGCCUCCAACGCUGAAGGAAGGCUUUGACGAACUGCGAACUGUCAACUUCGUCUGGGACGGGACUGAUGAACAACGCAUACUCUGGGACCAAUACCUCGCGUGA